AUGGCAAAUGAUGCGCAGCUCAGCGCGCUCGACAGCUCCAGCUCCAGCUCCAGCCUGUCGGGCGCUGGGCUCGACCCCUUGACAGCCACCACCACGGCGACCACGCCCUUUGCGGCCCAGGCCCAGUCUGAUCCUCCCAAGCGGCCAUGGUCCAAGCACUCUCGCACCAGCUCCAACAUCUCCAAGCGACGCAGUCCGCGCUCCAACGCCGCACCCACCGAUUUCCUCUCGGACAGGGCAACCGCCCAGCUGAUCCGCCGCGUCCUCUGCCCCCAGCAAGCCGGCGACCGGGGCAGAGCAACUCCUGCUCCUAUCCACGACCUCCUCCCCCCUCUGACGAGCCGGAAUGAUGUCGAUUUGCAGCUCUACGCCAUCAUCGCAAUCAUAUUACGGGACUUUGUGCAGGCCUGGUACAACAAGAUCACCCCGGACGGGACCUUUGUCGAAGAGGUCGUCCACAUCAUAGCACAUUGCACGCGAGCCUUGGAACAGAGGCUGAGGAAGGUCGAUGUCGAGAGCUUGCUGCUGGAUGAGCUCCCGGACUUGUUGGACAAACAUAUUCAGGUCCAGGUCGACUCGCGGGCCAUCUACCAUGCCCUAUGGCCCUUGCCCCAAUUGUCACCAAUACCCGACAUCGACAAGCCCAACACCAUCUUUGAGCAGGCAGAGAAUGAGGUGGCUUACCGCCAGCUGCUGGUCCAGGGCGUUCUAGCUGUGCUCCUUCCUACCGAAGACCUGGAGAACGAGUGCCUGACGUCGCUGGUUGGGGAGAUUCUGUCAGAAAUGAUCAUUGGCGGCGUUGUUGCCAAAAAGGUCUCAGAGCCAUGGAUGAUCUGGACCGGCCUGACAAUCCUGUCAGAUGUCCUGAAGCGGAAGCAGAGCGACGCGCGUGCGUCUCGCAUUGCGAGGGGUGACUCCGCUGGACACGGCGCAAGAGGCCUGUCCAUCCCAUGGCUGUUUUGGUCCCUGGUGCACUACCUCUUUGCCUUCACCACCUUCGUCCGAGUCUUCGUCAUGACGCUAGCUACCAGUCGGACGCUCCCAUCCAGAGGCCGGGUGUUGCCACUGAGCAAGGAGGAGUUGACUCAAGCUCCCAAAACACCGAUAUUGGCGUUCGGCAUAUGGUCCACGGUUUCAAACUGGCUGGAGAUGGACAAGCGCAUGCCAUGGCUGUGCGGCAAUUUAUCCAUGGCCCAGUGGCUGGCCAUCGCCGGGCCUGGACGUGUGGCUGGUUUCGACGGAGUUGUUGACAGGUAG